UAUUAUUAUUAUUAUUAUUAUUAUUAUUAUUAUUAUUAUUAUUAUUAUUAUUACUUUUGUAUUUUAUAUUAUAUUAUAAUAUCAUUAUCAUUAUCAUUAUUAUUAUUUUUUUUUUUUACAAAAUAUUGCGAUAUCUUAUCAAGAUCAGCCCCAGGAAAGCAACUACAUGGCCGAAGCAAUGGAUCACCAAUUGACCAUUCUCAGGCGAGGGAUGAUAAUCGCCUGUACGGUCACCGUCCUGAUCAUAGGCCUUGUUACAUAUCAACUACACACCCAUAUUACAAAGUUAAUCACUUUUCCAAUACAUCGUAAUCAUAUCCGAGUCAUCAACGAAUGGCCUCUCUGUCCAAUUCAAAAAAACACCAACGAUAUCUGUAUACACCGUCAAGCGAAUCAAACACAAAUAGAAGUCAUCUGUGGAAAGAUCAAUGCUACUACCACCAGUACCACAACUACAACCACUAUCAGUCUGGGCAGUGACUGCAAGGAGCGUGAUUAUGACCUGAUUGUGGUUCCUAAAGAGCUUAUGCAGGAUGUCAGUGAUCAUGUAAAACGGAUCAUGAUUGUCCAAGGAGACGGUAAAAACUUUGGUCAAGAACUAGAUGGUUUUGUCCAGACAAGAUCCCAAUGGGUCAUUGAUCCCUUUGGCGGAGACGGAUUCGAGAUCUUGAAGACAUUCAAAGAGGACAAGGAACGGAUGUCAUUACAGGCUCAACUGGAUCGACUACAGCAUCGAUGUACCAAUUUCUUUUAUGGUAUUAUCAACAGGAGCGGCUUCGGUUCCGUUUGGCAUACAGCAGGCUUGGGAUUAGCAUGGACACUUUAUUAUAACAUGACUCUGUUCAUCCAAUUGGAUGAGCACCUUCAACCCAAACCGUCCUUUCAAGGAUUUAUACCCACCACCACCUGUUCUUAUUCAGAUCUCGAGGCCGCCUUUACGACUCUUCCACCCGAAACCGAUUUCUCAAAAUGGACCGAUUCAACCGUGAAUUUCAAAUCGUUGACGGAUGAUGUGGGUCCCCUUGGGGAUAAACGAGAGCUCAUCAUCCCAACUUUUAACCACCGAGGCCAUUUCUGGUGGAGAUCUGUUUUGACCUACUAUGUGAUCCGACCGAAUGCUCAAACUCGAGAAUGGAUUCGAGGACUACAACAACAACAAGGAGAAGGACUACAAGAGCAUGAUAGAGCAACAACAGUCAUGCUGAGGACUCGAGAUUGUAUCUCGAUCCAUGUACGACAUGGCGACAAAGGCACUGAAUCCAGAUUGAUCCCGUUUUACAGAUACAUGACCAAGGCCUACGAGAUCCAUGAGCGAACCGGGGUCUCCAAUAUUUAUUUGAUGACGGAUGAUCAGAAAGUGAUUGAGGCGACAAAGAACUAUCCAACCUUCAAGAUCUAUUAUCAGAUCAUGCCACGGACAAACCGGGGUUGGGAAAAGGAUGUGACCUCUGGAAAGGUCAGUCGUGAGGAUCAAGCAAAGAUGUUCUUGAAGGACCUUUAUUCCACCACACAAUGUCGACAUACCAUCGUGACUUAUUCUAGUAAUGUGGGUAGAUUGAUUGGUGAGAUCAGGAUGGCAACAGAGUAUGAGGCUCCGGAUGUUUUCUCAAUGGAUGCAGUAUGGGUGAUGGAACCAUAGAGAAUCUUAGACUUUGAG